AUGAGGGAGCUGGACACCGAGAGCCCCGUCGUCUGGCCGGCUUGGUGUUACUCUGGUGAGGUGUCCGGUGAAAACGUGGGAUCCGGGCCACGUGGAGAUCGUGGAGAAGCAGCUGAUCUAGCGACACAUACGGAAAAUAACGACGGGGUAACCCUGGCCGCGAACACAGCGGUUGACGCCCGGGGCGCAAGCCCCCAGGGCGCUCACCUUUCGGGAGCAGCUACCCCCAGGCCUGCAAGAGGAAGAAGGCGGCAAAACCAAAACGGCCUUGACACCCCUCAGGUAAAAACGGAGCGACUCACGCCUGAUAAUAACUCGACGUCAUCAAGAAGCGUGACUCCAUCAUCUUCGAGUCAUCCGGGAACGCCGCCUAAUGCCACUUCCCUGGGAGGAUCUGAAGGUCCAGCACCACCUCAUCAUCUCAAGCAUAUGGAGCAGAUGAUGGGUCGCAACUACAGUGACUUCAUGAGAAGCCUCGCCGCAAAGUACAAUAACGCCAAUCCAAACGAUUACUUCAGUACACCCAGGAACGGUUAUCCACCUGGUCUUGAUCCAAGGUUUCCAGCCUUCAAGACUUCAGCGACGCCAUUUGUUGGAUUAAUGGCUCCCCUUGGUGCACCAGCUCCAACAGUACCUACGACAUCACCUCUGUCUAACAAAGAUCCCAAGGAGCAGAAACAGGACAAUCUCUUCGGCAAUCCAGUCUUCCCGCCAAUGCUAGACAUGUCCUCGACGCAGGCUCUUCUGCAUAUGGUGCGAACUGCAAAUGCGGCGCAAAACGCCGCGGAACUAGAAACUUAUCUCAAAGGUGCGAAUAAACGUGAUGCGGGUGUCACGAGUCCUUUGGAUUUGUCGAGUCCGGGUGGGUUUGCACCUCGAAAACGACAACGGACUGAAUCGAGAAGGUCUGGAAGUGUUUCUCCAAAACCAAAAGCAAUUCCUCGACCGAGUACUCCACCACCAGUGAGAUGUCCAUCUCUCUGUGGUCACAUGCCUUGCGGUGAUGGUCAAUCUGUAAAUCGUUGGACAAUUGAAGAUGUUGUCAACUACGUCUCAUCGAUAGACAUCUGCGCUGAAUAUGCUCAGAACUUUCGAGAGAACCGGAUUGACGGAGCGGCGCUUCCCUUAUUGUCCGAAGAGCACCUGACGGGCCCAAUGGGACUGAAAUUAGGACCUGCACUAAAAUUAAGGGCAUUGUUGGCUAGAAAGUUAGGAGCGUGUACAGUCUGUCUGCACUGUGCCCACUGCCACAAGACGCCACUUCCGGCGCUAACCGCUGCAGCAGCAGCAGCAGCCGCAGCGGCGACUCAGACAACCGGAAGGCGACCCAGCAGUACCGGAAACUGACAUACAAUGGCGGAGACUCCAACUGGGCAAAAAUCAACAGACCCGAAUCGAGCUCUCAGGAUAGAACGACGCUUUUCACGACCACUUCGAAAACCGGAAGUCAUCUUCAAGAAGCCGAUAAAGCAGUGACUUUUGCUUUAUCCUGUGAUUACGUCAUCUCGACCAGUAAUCUAUUUAUUAUUACUGGGAAGAGGAGACUCCGCCUGAUCAUAACCAUCAGUACCUAAAUCCUGAUUUCUAAUUAUUACUGUCACAGUUUCAGGACUUCUUAUCCUUUGUAAAUUGCCGUUUCAAAUUGUGAGAAAGCACAAUUUAGGCUAUAGACGAAGUUUUAUUAGUCAAGUUUACUUCGUUUUAGACGCGAGGGAAAUUUCUUAAAUUUUUGGUAUCAUUUUCGUUGAGUCUAAAUCGAGUUGAAUUUGAAGAAUGAACAUUAAUGUAAUAUGGUACUUAAGAGUGGGUCCUUUAGACCAAGUUUUGGAUUAUUUACCGCGUGACGAACGUACGAAUAAUUCAGUGAGACAGAUUAUUAAGGUUUAAAUUUUCAAGUUCUGUGAUUUUUUCUUAGUAUAGGCAUUCACUAUUAACCAUAAUUCCUUCAGAAAUAUCUAUUUUAUAUAAUACUAUUGAACUCUUUUAUCCCUUUUUUAUUUUCUUGAAUCUUUUUUAACUCAUGUGAUCUGCAGCGCUUGAGAAAACUAUUUUAAACAAAUUACGAACAAAUUUUUGUGUUCUUAUAAUAAUUAAAAGAGUCAAACAGAAAGCUUUAUAGUAAACCGUGAGAAAUCAUUUCAUAACUUACAAAAUAAUUUUUCUCGUUUAAAACUUCAUUAAAGUACUAUUUUCUUAAAUAAUUUAUUUCAUUCAAUAUUGCAUACAUCACUUCCGAAUACUCAGAGCAUAUGGAACGAUUUUGUCACAUUUCAUAUAAAAAAUACUCACGUGCGUCACGCGGGAAUCACGUAGAAUAAUUGAUCAUUACUCUUGGUUACCUGAAAUUAAAGUCCUGUCCUUUGAUGGGAAACAAAACUUAGGAAUGAAUGCAAAAAAAAACGUCUGAAUGUUCGCGCGUAUGAGAAAGAAUGCGAAAACGUAUCUAAAUUAGAAAGACCCAUGUGCAAUAAACAAUAACGCGUUUGUAACUCGAAUACUGUUUUAACUACUUGUAUAAUAUAACAUACGUAUUUGCUCAAGUCAUUGUUUCUUUUACAUAUUUUAACGAAGUUUUUAUAUGGAUGACUAUAACGAUAAAUAUAAAUAAAUUAUAUUUUUGCUAACCGGCUCUACACGCAAAAUUUAUAUGUAUCAAAAUAUGCGAUGUGAAUGUAAAAAAUAACAAAACUGAACAAUAAUAAUCGGAGAGAAUGAAAACAAUCAGCAGAAAAUUGCGGCUCAUCGAUUUAUCGAUUUCUGUCUGCUAUCAUAUGCAUUGUUUUGUAUAUUGUACACUUUAUUAUCUCCAUCUGUAACGAUUUAUUUAUUUAGAAUUAUAAGCGUUGCCUUAUUGUAUUCGUAACGAAUUAAGACGUAAUAAGCGAAACCCUAUUGGAAAUUUCGACAUCGAAAAUGACGUAGAUUACGACGUGACUUAAAAAAAUGUCAAAUAGUUUUUUUUAACGAUCUUUGAUUUUACAGAAAUGUCAAGAGACCUAUAAUUAUAAAAUUCAUAAACAUAAUCCUCAAACCUUGAACUCGAGAAUGUUCAACACUCCAAUCGACAUUUCAAAUCACGGCAACCAUAUUCCUUCCUUUGCUCCUGUUUCUGGUUCCUCAAAGGAAAAAAAAUCUGACCGCCAUCAUUGAAAAAGAAAAUAGAUGAAGGAAAGAAAAAUGCAAAAGAGCAUAGAUGGGAAUUAAAGGCUGGUUAUCCCAGUGGGGAAAAAAUGAAGGCUGUCCUAGAGACGUCUCCGGGAAAUCUUAAAACUAUGAAUGCGGCAGUCUCAAACGAUUUCGCAUUCAGAGUGCUAAGAUUUCUUUGAGAUUGCAAGGAGUGUCAAGAUUUCCAGAAUUUUUCCAGAAAGAUUUCUAAGAUCUCUAGGAGUUCCGAGAGUUCCUCAAGAAGUUCUCCUAAAACUUUCAGCGCGGCAAUCAGAGAUUUCUCAGUGGAUAUCCCCUCGUUUUUGGAAUCUUAGGGAUGUUAUUCAAACGCCUUUAGUACGUUCUUAAGUACGAAACAUGUCCUGAGAACGCCCGAUGUCUUUAAGACGUCCUUAGAACAUCCUUAGGACAUUGGACAUCCUAGGAACGUCACAAGGACUUUCUUGGGUUGUUCAUCGUUUUGUGCCCACUGGGAUGUUUAAUCUCUCGUACACAAAAAAGAAACUGACAGUACCAAAAUGUUGCGGGUAGUUGUUUAAUUAGGGUGAACGCGAAGUGGGUACCCCAAACUCAGGUAAACUAUUAACCUCCUUGAGCGAUAAUCCGUAACGCUUUGUACCCCCAGUUUUUUUUUACAUAUGAUGUCGGAUGAGUAUCGUUUUGCAUCCAAACUAAAUUCUUAUUUGUCACAAGUUCCACUCAAAGAAAAAGUUUUCUUGAAACAAAAGCGUUGUCCCUGUGCCUGUUUAGUUUCGAAUCACGUGAAAAUAUAUUUUGCACUAACCGAAUUCAUUGUUGCAAGAUUACGCGAAGUUUGUCGCAAAAGGAUAAUGUUUGCUGCAAAAAUAUUGUUUUUGAGACAAAUUAAAAUCCUCUUAAUCUUAAGUUUAAGAGGAAAUUUCAUUUCUAUUAAGAAAAAUUCUUUUGACACAAGAUACAAUUUCUCUGUGUCCCUCGAAAUUCGUAUAAAUUUCUAUUUGGAACAAUUUAAAUAUUGAAUUAACUGCACUUCUAAGAAAUCUCGUAUACCCGAACCCCAAAGAUACAAGCUUCAAAGAUACGAGUGAUCCAGAGAUCCGAGCGUCCCGUCUCCAAAGAAGCGAGCAGAAUUUUCUCCUCUCUACUCCUUCCCUAUUCGAGAUUCAGGCGCACGCAAGUGCGCGCUGCCUUGAAUUCAGCGUGCGCAUGCUCCUAGUAGGCCUGUGUGCGUUUUCACGCAUUGCUCCCGAAAUCCAAGCAUCGCAGGAGUUGGAGUCCCUUUCAAGGUCGUAUCUUUGAAGUUCCAGAUCUCCGAACUUCUCUUAUCUUUGGAAUUUGAAUGUAUUUCAACUUGAAUAAUAUCGAAAUUAAGUGUCAAUUUUGCAGAAAACUGAAUGAUUAGCCACGUUUAUAACUUUGAUCUUUGAGUUCACAUUUUUUUUUGACGAACUUUAUUCACGAAAUUAGUGAUACUUUUUGACAUAAUAAUUAGAAUUUCUACACAACAUUUUUUACUAAGUCACAACGUCGUAUACUACGUCGUAAUCUAAUUCGGAAACGUUUUAUUAUCCCAAUCUCCGACGUAGUUUUCCACGAACUUUACAGCGUCGGAAUGUUCAAAGAGUGAGAACAAAAACAAUGUUAUUCGUACUGAAAAAAUAUGAAGAGUGCGCUAGAGAGAGAUAGAGUGACAAAUAUCAGUUCGUAAGACGAGCAGUAUUUUUAGAUUUACAUUAGCCUGAAUUUACUGCGGACUAUAAGUAUAAAUAAACACGUUUAUGCUAAAAGAAACCAGAAAUAAAUAUGAGCAACUGGUCCUUAGGAAACAGUCUAAAUUUAAUGAAUCUAGAAGGAAGGCUAAUUUUUAAUUGAAAUUGUAAUUUUAUUUUGAGAUUUUUACAAAAGUCACUUGUGCAAUUACGAAAACGUCCAGUGAAUUUUGGAGAUUGUGUCCGGAAAACUAAACGCUAGCGGCUUUUACUUAAACUGUACCACUGUACAUACUGCUUAGGCAUUUAUUUAUAUCGAGCUUCUAAGAGAAGUGAUUGUAGUAUUUUAUUUAGCAUCUUAGGCGAGAGAUCAUAACGUGUACCGUCGCAUUCUUGGAAGCCUCGGUUUUGCGCUUUCGUUCGAAAAAAACUGUGAGAACAAGAAGUUUGUAGAAAAGAAAUACGAAACAGAGAACGCAUGUGAAAAUGAAGAAAAAGAGCGUUACGGCUAUUUUGUGAUACUUCAGUUUCCACUAUUUUCCUUUUAGACACUUUCAUAAUAUCUUCCUUUUUCUUCCCUUUCCUGUCCUUCACUUCCCCUUGCGUUUUCUAUCACAAUGUCUUUUUUUUUUUAGAACAGACCCAACUUCGCCAAUCUGUCUUGUAUAAUUUUAUGAUUAACGAUCAUAUUAUGUAUAGUAGAAAUUAACGGUGAAAAGAGAAAAAAACAGUACAUUGUUUCUGUUAAAAUAAAUUUG